AUGGACAACGUAUAUAUUCUCAACAAUUUAGGGAAAGGGAGUUUAAAAGUGACCAUCACCCCAGCACAACACAAGACCCUAACACACUUGCCGAAGAGACCACCAGUGGAUUUGGCGUUCACUGACCUGACGUACAAAGUGCAAGAGGGAAGAAAAAGUAAUGUGAAAACCAUCCUCAAGUCUGUGUCAGGCCGACUGCGGUCCGGCGAGCUGACAGCCAUCAUGGGUCCAUCCGGCGCCGGCAAAUCCACUCUUCUGAAUAUUCUUACUGGUUACAGAACGUCAGGAAUGGAAGGCAGCAUCACGGUGAACGGUAUGGAGCGCAAUUUGUCUAGCUUCCGAAAACUUUCCUGUUACAUAAUGCAGGACAAUCAGCUGCACGGUAACCUGUCGGUCGAAGAGGCCAUGUCGGUAGCCACAGCGUUGAAGCUUCCAAGUGCUACCACUACUGCUGCUAAAGAAGAAGUGAUUCAAGAGAUCCUUGAGACUCUUGGCUUAUCAGAGCACCACAAAACCAUGACAUCAAAUCUCUCCGGAGGUCAGAAGAAACGUCUGUCCAUCGCCUUGGAGCUGGUUAACAAUCCUCCCAUCAUGUUCUUCGAUGAGCCUACGUCAGGGCUGGACAGCUCGUCCUGUUUCCAAUGUAUUUCCCUCCUGAAGACCUUAGCAAGAGGAGGCAGGACUAUUAUAUGUACUAUCCAUCAACCUUCUGCCCGACUGUUCGAAAUGUUUGACCAUUUGUACACCUUGGCUGAUGGGCAGUGUGUCUAUCAGGGAAGCACGGGCAGACUAGUUGAAUGGCUCGGCAGCGAAGGCCUACAGUGUCCCGCGUAUCACAACCCGGCCUCCUUCAUCAUUGAGGUGUCAUGUGGGGAGUACGGAGACAACACAGGCAAGUUGGUGCGCGCCAUAAACAACGGCAAGAACGAUAUCAGGAACGGAAUGCCCUUCCCAGAAGUAACUAUACCGCCGUACAAUAACAAAGAGGCUAUGGAAGAGUCCUUGAAGAAACAAUGGAAUAAGAACGAUCUUUCCCAAGUUCAGGAGAAAUUCAAGGAGGCCACGAACGGAACUAAUGGGAAUGGGAACCUUCAAAAUGGAAUUUUACAAUAUGCUGCUAGUGAAAUCGCUAAGGGUGAUCCAUUAGUAGUCCAAAUGGACACAGAGAAGCAGGACAACGUAGAAAUGGCCCUGCUGGGUGGCGAGGGCUCUCCCAAGAGGUACGCGACAUCAGAGCUCACACAGUUCUGGGUCGUAUUAAAGAGGACAUUACUGUUUAGCAGACGAGAUUGGACUUUGAUGUACCUCCGUUUGUUCGCUCACAUUCUCGUCGGGUUCCUGAUCGGCGCUCUGUACUACAACAUCGGCAACGACGGCUCCAAAGUACUCUCGAACCUUGGUUUCCUGUUCUUUAACAUGCUGUUCCUUAUGUACACAUCCAUGACAAUCACUAUUCUUAGUUUUCCACUUGAGAUGCCCGUGUUGGUGAAGGAACAUUUCAAUCGCUGGUACUCUUUGCGGUCUUACUACAUGGCGAUCACUGUCUCCGAUAUACCUUUCCAGGCGAUAUUCUGCGUGAUCUACGUAGUGAUAGUGUACCUGCUGACGUCACAACCUGCGGAGUGGUUCCGGUUCGCGAUGUUCCUGAUUUCGUGCCUGCUCAUCUCCUUCGUGGCGCAGAGCGUCGGGCUCGUCGUCGGAGCCGCCAUGAACGUGCAGAACGGCGUGUUCUUGGCGCCUGUGAUGUCGGUCCCAUUCCUGCUGUUCAGCGGGUUCUUCGUGUCGUUCAACGCGAUCCCGGUUUACUUGCGCUGGAUCACCUACCUGUCGUAUAUCCGCUAUGGGUUUGAGGGCACCGCUCUCGCCACUUACUCCUUCAACAGGAAAAAGCUGGACUGUCAUCAGACUUACUGCCACUUCAAGAAUCCUGUGACAACCCUGGAGGAGCUCGACAUGGAGGACGCGGACAUCACGCUGGACAUUGCAGCGCUGUGUCUUAUAUUCCUUGUGCUACGUAUCUCCGCCUUCCUCUUCCUGCGUUGGAAGCUCAAGUCCACCAGAUAG